AUGCUGGGCCCGCCGGGGGCUCGGGGCCCGCGCGGGGCACCGUCAGGCCGGGCUCCACCCGCCGCUCCUCCCAGGGGCUGGUUGACCGACCGGUGUCGCAUCGCCCUGAGCAUCUUCUCUCCACCCCCAAGGUAUAGAGUGGGCUUCUGCGGAGGCAGCGGCGGGACGGAGCCGAGAAGGGCGCGUGGCCAGUGGGUUUCAUACACAGGAAAGAAAAUGGAAACACGGGUGGGAAAAGAAAGGGAGAAUGGCUUUCAGAGAAGCAGCAGCCGCAGCUCAGAAAGCUGGAGCGCGCGGAGCUCAUGCAUCCGGCGUCUUCCCGAGAGGAAAAAUGCUGAAUCAGAACGGCGAAGGCGAGGCAUGGAUCGCUGCGUCAUGCUUCCCUAA